AUGGGUUCUAUCAGCACCGGUAUUGUCGCAGAAGUCCUUGAAAGACUCCACAAGGAAGCUGAUAUUGCCGAUGGGCGAAUGCGCGACCAAGACCCCAACCACCCUGCCUUGCAGGGCGACUGGGUCGCCAAGUUGCUUGAGUCGGAAAGAAACGACCUGCGAGGGACCUAUAAGGAAUACGCGGAAAACUUCCUCUCCGUUUCACCCGAGUUUGGGCGCCACCUCUACAUGAGUGCGCGCGCCGCCAAGGCACAGCGCAUUGUCGAGUUCGGCACCUCGAUGGGCGUGUCAACCAUCUACGCCGCCGCGGCGCUGCGCGACAACGGCGGCGGCGGCCACCUGAUCACUACCGAGAUCGAGCCAAGCAAGAUCGAGCGCGCAAAGUCCAACAUAGCCGCUGCCGGGCUUACCGAUCUCGUCGAGUUUCGCGUUGGCGACGCCCGCGAGACUCUCGCUGGUGGCGUCGGGGGUAAAAUCGACCUAGUGCUGCUAGACGGCGCUUGGUCGUUAUACCGCCCUAUCAUACAGCUUCUAGAGCCCCAUCUGAACCCAGGCGCUAUCAUCUUGGCCGAUAAUACGACGGAUACUGAGCGUGAAUAUCUUCAGUAUGUUCGCGACCCACAGAAUGGUUACCUCUCCCUACAGCUUAAUGCUCUAGAGAAGCAUGGAAAUGAGUUUACUGUUAGGACUAAGUAA